AUGGCGCCGGUGGCUGACAACUUGGAAAAUGCCAAUCCAACAAUUUACCGUCAGACAGAAAAAAGAACGGUGACAGCCGAAGAUGAAGACGAUCAAGUUGUUGACAAGAUCGAUUCUCGAGAGGUCUUUGAUCUCAUCCGUGAUAUCAACGACCCAGAACAUCCACUCUCACUAGAGGAACUGAAUGUUGUGGAGCUGACAAAAGUCGAAGUUGACGACACUGCCAAUAGAGUGGAGAUCCUAUUCACACCCACAAUUCCACAUUGUAGUAUGGCCACUCUGAUUGGUUUGUCUAUAAGAGUCAAACUGCUGCGGUCGCUACCUUCCAGAUUCAAGGUUGAUGUCAAGAUCACCCCAGGGGCGCAUGCAUCUGAACAUGCUGUGAACAAACAGCUUGCAGACAAGGAGAGAGUGGCUGCUGCGCUGGAGAACAAUCAUCUCCUGGAAGUGGUCAACCAGUGCCUAGCAAAAAGGGGUUAACUAUGAACGCUUUCUGGAGGAUAGUAUUCAAGACGAUACUGUGUUCAGCAUGUAUGUGAUGUUAGCUGUGCUAGUCACAAGAACGAAAUAAUGUCCUUUGAUCACUAGAGACAAGACUGUGUUCAGCUUGUGUUGAGAGUUGGUUGUGCCGCGGUCAUGUUUUUUGCUUCAAUCAACGUGGACAGACAUUGGGUGAUAUGAAUAAAGACCAGCAAUUGCUUUUACUGAAAACCCCAUGUACAUUUACACUAGGCCUUUCCGUACAAAACUGAAGUAAAAUCAUUUACUAGUCUUUAUUCAUAUCACCCAUUGUCAGAUUUGAUCUGGUUGUGGGCAACUUAACUAUGUCCUUGUAUAGUUUGCACCUAUGUCCAUGCAUAUUUUUAUUUGAUGAACAAUACAGCUCUUUUCUAUGAUAUCAAAA